AUGAAUAUAGACAUAAAAAACUGUCGUGGUCAAGCAUAUGAUAAUGCUUCAAAUAUGUCUGGCAUGUAUAAUGGUUUGCAAUCACAAAUUAAACAAUAUUCUUCUAAUGCUGAGUUUAUCCCUUGUUCAGCUCAUUCUCUGAACUUGGUCGGGUCAAAUGCAGCAGAAUAUAAUACAAAUUGUACACAACCAACUCAUCUUAAAAAAUUAUGUACUACACGGUGGUCUUCCAGGUACGACGUAUGCAUAGCUCUUUUACGUGGAUAUGACAAGAUAAAGGAUGCUUUAGUAACUAUUUCAAAUGAUGAUUUACAGAAAAAAGAAACAAAACAUGAAGCAUUGUCAAUUUUAAAGAAAAUAUCCACUUUAGAAUUUGCUUUUAUGAUCUGUAUGUGGACUCCUAUUCUUAAACGUUUUAAUGCUACCAGUCUUACAUUACAAUCUGUAUCAAUAGAUUUAUCUACUGUUGUAAAACUAUACGAAUCAUUAGAAUCGUAUGUAAAAGAAGUUAGAAAUAAUUUUAAUCAGUAUUUAUUAGAAUCACAGCAGUUGUGUGGAAAAGUGGAUUUUUCAACAAAAUCUUCCAGAACUAAAAAACGGGUUUUAUUUGCAGAUGAAACAUCAUCAAAAGGAGUUGUUCAUGAAGGAUCUGAAAAAAUGAAAAACGAAGUGUUUCUAAAAGAAAACACAGAAAAUAUUAAAAUCCACGCAGAAAAACUUAUUGAUAUUUAUCCUGAUGAUAUUGAAAACGAUUUCAUAGAAGAAGUAAUACAAUUUAAAGAUAUAAUUUGUAACUUUUCUGCUGAAAACAAGUCAUCUGUACUUAACAUGUUAAAAGCUCUCAUACAAUCUCAGCUUUCUUCAACAUUCCCAAAUGUUGAAAUAGCUCUAAGAAUUUUUUGCUCUCUUCCAUGCUCAAAUGUCACUGGAGAACGUUCUUUCUCAGUUCUGAAAAGAGUGAAAAAUUACCUUAGAUCAUCGUUAUCUAAUGAAAAACUUUCGGCACUAUCCAUAUUGAAAAUUGUAGCAAAGAGGCGUUACAUUUAUUUUGCCCCCGGCGUCUUUAACUCUUAA